AUGGCUGAGACCUCGCCGCCGCCCACCGCCGGCGCGGAAAGUUGCAGCGAGGAGCCGGCGAGGGGCGGGAAGCAGCGGCCGGAGGAGCCGCGCCGCGCUCCAGCCGGGGGCGCGGACCGGGAGGACGAGGCGGGGCCGCCGCUGGCCUCCCCCGCGGGGCAAUCGGAGCCCGGCUCUCCGGUGGCCGCCCCCUUCUUCCUUCUCUACCCGGGCGAUGGAGGCGCCGGCUUCGUAGUGCGCCCGCCGCCGCAGCAGCAGCGCUCCUGGAGGACCCCGCCGUCGCCGGGCUCCCCGCUGCCCUUCCUGCUGCUGAACUACCCGAGCGGGGGCGGCGGCGGCGGCGGCGGCAAACACCGUGAGUGGCGGCGGGGAAGGGAGAUGCCGGCGGGGAAGAGGGGCCUCGGCCGGGAAGGGCCAGUCAGGCUGCGCGGAGCUCCGCCUCCCGCUGGCUCCCCGGAGCGGAGCGGGCCGCCGGGCCAGCGGGGAGGCAGGGACGCUGGGGGCGGCUCUCGGGAAGCUCGCGUCCCGGGCUGCAGGGGUGGCGGGGGUGUGGGGGGACGGCCGCGGUCCCGGCGCCGGACUGUUUACCUCCGAGUCUCCCCAGGCCGCAGGCUCCCGCCCGGCCUCCCCACCUCUCCCCUCCCGGGCCGGGCGUUCGUCCUUGCCAGCCUCCCACGUGCUCGCGGUUCGCAGUCCCGGGUUUCGGGUGGGAGUCGUCCCGGGAGGAGCCGAGGAGGGGGCGGGGCCCGGAGCCCGGGCCGCCGGGCAGGUCGGCCGGCUACGGGCUCCCAGCGCUGCGGCCGCCGAGUAGGUGUGGCUGCUGCGCCGCCGCCGCCGCCGCCCGCGUGGCCUCGGUUGGACCACUGA